UAUAAUAUAUUUGCUGUUUUUAUUAUUGAAUUAUAAUAUAUUCCACAAUUUUCAUAAGGAAAUUUUCUAUCAAACUUAAAAAAAUCAAAAUCUUUAAUUUCGCUAAAACUAUACACUUUUAAAACGAAGGUCAAACUAGUAAUAUUUGUGUCUUUAACAUAGUAAGAAAAGGUGAAAGGUGAAUUUAUCGUAAAACGAUGCAAUUUUUGGCAGAAGGAGGGCCACUAUAAAAUUCGGAACGAUUCUUAAUAUGAACAUCAGUCUUCCAAUCGAGAUUAACCAUACACAUCUACCUCCAAAAUGAAAACGAUUAUUAUUAUUUUUGCUCUGGUUGUCGUUGUUUCCGCUGCGCCGCUAUAUCAAGAAAUAGUUCUCGUUAAAGAAACUCCCUCUGACAAUGUUGGACUUGGUGGUUAUAAUUACGGUUUCCAACUUUCCGACGGUCAAGUUAAACAGGAAUCUGCAGAAGUGGUCGAAGGAGGAACUGAUGGUCAAUUCUUACGAGUUCGAGGUACCUUCUCUUUCAUUGACCCACAAACUAAUGUUGCAUAUACUGUAAAUUAUGUUGCCGAUGACACUGGUUUCCAUCCACAAGGAGAGCAUCUUCCAUGAGUUUAAAUUUAUCAAAUAUUUAAUAUAAGAUAUUUAUUAAUUGCCAUAUAAUAUUUUCCAUAAAUUGAAAAUUUGAUUGUUUUGAAUCUUAUUUGUUCUUGAAAUCAAUAUUGUACAUAGAAUAUAUAUUGGUUAUCUGUAAAAUAAUGUAAACUUCUAUUUUGUAAAAUAAUUAUGUUAAAUAAAUACCUUGUUUAUGUUGAAUAAAUUGUCAAAGAUCAUAAUUAUUAAAAAUA